AUGCCAGCUCGUACUUCAUCGCCUGAAUCAAAUAAAAGAUACCGCCGCGAUAGAGAUGGCGAGCCAGACUACCACAGAUCUGGGCGUGAACGUGACAGACGUGAGCGCGAGAGAGAAAGGGAGAGAGAUAGAGAUAGAGAUAGACGCAACAGAGAUAGGCACAGGAUGAGGUCAAGGUCACCCCCACGCUCCGAUAGACGUGACAGAAGCGAUAGACUCCCGGAUAAGCCUGCAGAGGCUGCCUCACAACCUAAAGAAAAGACAGAAGACAGAAAGAAGCGCAUGGAAGCCUUCUUGGCUGCUCGUAAAGCUGCAAAGGCUAAAGAUGGCGCAAGUCAGUCUCCAGGCCCAUCAGCCACUGCAUCUCCCAUUCCUCCGAACAAUCCAUCUCAACAGGCUUCAUCACAAAAACCCAUCUCUUUAGGAUUGAAAGGCUUCACAAAUCGCAACAUCACCACAAAAGCUGCGACUAUGGACGAUGACGAAGAGUCAAGCGGCUUAGCUAUGCACACUUUACCACCAGUACAAUCCUCAGCACCAACUGAAAAUAUCGGCGGCGAUUUAGAGUCAACUGAGGAUCAAGCUGAUAAAGGUGACAAGAUGGACGUUGACGAAGCUGCUCAAGAGGAGGAAGAUGAAGACCCACUCGAUGCUUUCAUGAGCGGUGUUAAAAGUGAGGUUAGCCGCGUCAACGAGUCUGACAAGAAGCGUAUGGGUGAUGUUUCAAACUCUUCAACUACAGCUGCUCGUUUUGACGACGCAGACGAUGAAGAGGAAGAGGAGAAGAAGGAGGAGGAUGUUUCCAAAAUGUCAGCUGAAGAUAUUCUAGCUUUAGCGGCUAGCAGAGUCAAACGGAAAGAGAUCGCCGUCACUGAUCAUGACAAAGUUCAAUACGAGCCAUUUAGGAAGCAAUUCUACAAUCCACCAUCUGAAGUGCAAAAUAUGUCAGAAGAAGAGGCUGACAAUCAGCGUUUAAUUCUCGACGGUAUUAAAAUUCGUGGUGUUGAGUGUCCAAAGCCAGUGACCAAAUGGUCGUUACUCGGUUUGCCUUCAUCCUGUCUCGAGGUGAUCAAGUUCCUUCAGUAUGAGCAGCCGUCAUCCAUACAAUCUCAAGCUUUGCCGGCUAUCAUGAGUGGUAGGGAUGUCAUUGGUGUUGCCAAGACCGGUUCUGGUAAAACAAUAGCCUUCUUGCUGCCACUUUUCCGUCACAUAAAAGAUCAGCGUCCAAUUGAGAAUCUGGAGGGUCCAAUAGGUGUGAUAAUGACGCCAACCAGAGAACUCGCCGUACAGAUCCAUCGUGAAUGUAAGCCGUUCCUCAAAGCAUUGGGUUUGAGGGCAAUUGCAGCAUAUGGUGGUUCACCAAUCAGUGAACAAAUAGCAGAGAUGAAGAAAGGUGCAGAGAUCGUUGUCUGUACUCCUGGUCGUAUGAUUGAUCUGUUGACUGCAAACUCUGGCAGAGUUACCAAUUUGCGCAGAACUACGUAUUUGGUACUCGACGAAGCUGACAGAAUGUUUGAUAUGGGUUUCGAGCCACAGGUAAUGAAGAUUAUCAAUAAUGUCCGACCAGACAGACAGACAGUCCUAUUUUCAGCUACUUUCCCGAAACAGAUGGAGUCACUAGCUAGAAAAAUUCUGCAAAGGCCACUAGAGAUUACUGUUGGUGGUAGAUCUGUUGUCGCGCCUGAAAUUGACCAGCAGGUUGAAGUUAGAGAAGAGUCUUCCAAGUUCAACAGACUGCUAGAAGUACUUGGACAGACAUACAAUGAAGAUGAUGAUGCUAGAACACUCAUCUUCGUCGAUAGACAGGAAGCAGCUGACAACUUGCUAUUCAAUUUACGUAUGAAAGGAUACGUAGCGAUGAGUUUACACGGUGGAAAAGAUCAGGUGGAUAGAGAUCAGGCCAUCACAGACUUCAAAAAUGGAGUUAUACCAAUAGUGAUAGCCACUUCGGUCGCAGCGAGAGGAUUAGACGUAAAGUUGCUGAAAUUAGUAUUAAACUACGACACACCGAAUCAUCUAGAGGAUUAUGUUCACAGAGCUGGUCGAACUGGUAGAGCAGGAAACAAAGGCACGUGCAUCACCUUUAUUACACCAGAACAAGAGAAAUAUUCCGUUGAUAUUGAGAAAGCUCUCACAGCAUCGGGUGCAAAUGUACCCUCCGAGCUGAAAGCCAUGUCCGAAGCAUUCCUGAUGAAGGUGAAGGAGGGCAAAGCGACAGUAGCCGGCUCAGGAUUUGGUGGUAAGGGUCUUGACAGAUUCGAGAAGGAGCGUCAAGACCUCGAAAAAGCGCAGAGAAGUGCCUACGGCGAAGAGGAGGAAGUUAAAAAGGAUGGCAAUACGAACGCAGCUACAAAUGAGAAAGUAUCCAAAGAGACAGAAGAUAUGUUUGGUGAGAUCAAAAUCCAGAAGGGUCCAGCACCUGCUGAUUAUAAGCCACUCAAUACUGGUGCUGCAUCUGCAUCUACACCCGACACUAGCGACAUUAAACCAGAAAACGCUAACUCCGCAGUCGCGAAAGCUGCUGCUGUUGCGGCUAAGAUUAGUAUGCAACGUGGCGCAGCUGCUGCGCCGCCACCUAACGGUCCGAUUAAGAACAAAGAUCCUGAUGCUACCGAUUAUCAUGCGAUCGUACCAAUCAAUGACUAUCAUCAGCGUGCAAGAUGGAAGAUCACCAACAAGGAAACUAUUGUCUAUCUCAAUGAGACAACUGGAUGCUCGAUCACUAACAAGGGUAUCUAUUACGAAGCUGGUAAAGAACCAGCACUGAGCGAGCAUCCGAAGCUGCACUUGCUAGUUGAGUCGAACGAACCGGAGAGGGUCGAAAAGGCAGUACGUUCAAUUAAGUCGAUACUUAUUGAAGCUACACAAGCAGCCCUUGAGUUCGACGGCAAAAACCAAACAAUGGGUCGCUACAGCGUGCUCUAA